AGUGCACUUGUUGGGCUUCUUCUCCCAGAGCCGCCGGGCUGGUGGAGCCCAGGCUGAGAUCCCGAGACACCGGUGGGCUGGGCUGCGCUGGGCUGCCUUCCCGCCCCCGCGCCCGCCCCCUUCCCUUUCGGUCUAACUCGCUCCUCUCCCUCUUGGAUGUUACUGGCUGUUCCUGAAACAGCUUUACACAUGAUGGAUCUCCACGUCCUUUUGCCGGAAGUGCUCCCGCACUGAGAUGACAGACUUUGCUCGCCGGCCAAAUCUCCUACCCAUCUGCCUCUGCUGUAAGAGCUCCAGAAAGAGUUUUAGUGAACCUCUGAUGCAUUUCCCGUGGAAAGAGAAGGGAGCCAACAUGAAGGAAAAUGUGGCAUCCACAGUGGUUUUCGUUUUGCUACUUUUUCUCAACACCAACCUUCUGAAUGGACAGUCACCUCCUGGGAAACCUGAGAUCUUUAAAUGUCGUUCUCCCGAAAAGGAAACAUUCACCUGCUGGUGGAAACCCGGGGCAGAUGGAGGACUUCCUACCAAUUACACGCUGACUUACCACAAGGAAGGAGAGACAUUCACCCACGAAUGUCCGGACUACAAAACCAGUGGCCCCAACUCCUGCUACUUUAACAAGAAGCACACUUCCAUAUGGACAAUAUACAUCAUCACAGUAAACGCCACAAACCGGAUAGGAAGCAGCUCCUCAGAUCCGCGUUACGUGGACGUGACUUACAUAGUUGAACCAGACCCGCCUGUGAGCCUGACUUUGGAAUUAAAACAGCCAGAAGACAGAAAACCAUAUCUGUGGAUAAAAUGGUUUCCACCCACCCUGGUUGAUGUAAGAUCUGGUUGGCUCACACUCCAGUAUGAAAUUCGAUUAAAACCUGAGAAAGCAGCUGAGUGGGAGACUCAUUUUGCUGGGCAGCAGACUCAGUUUAAGAUUCUCAGCUUAUAUCCAGGACAGAAAUACCUUGUCCAGGUUCGCUGCAAGCCAGACCAUGGAUUCUGGAGUGAGUGGAGCCCAGAGAGCUCCAUCCAGAUACCUAAUGAUUUCUCAAUGAAAGAUACAACCGUGUGGAUCUUUGUGGCCGUUCUUUCUGCUGUCAUCUGUUUGAUUAUGGUCUGGGCAGUGGCUUUGAAAGGCUAUAGCAUGGUGACCUGCAUCCUCCCACCAGUUCCUGGGCCCAAAAUUAAAGGAUUUGAUACUCAUCUGCUGGAGGUGAGUGCCGGAGAAGGGCAAGUCCGAAGAACUACUGAGCGCCCUGGGAUGCAAGACUUCCCUCCCGCUUCCGACGGCGAGGACUUGCUGGUGGAGUUCCUAGAGGUGGACGACAGUGAGGACCAGCAGCUGAUGCCAGCCCACCCCAAAGGACACCCCGGGCAAGGCAUGAAGCCCACACACCUGGAUCGAGACAGUGACUCUGGCCGGGGCAGCUGCGACAGCCCUUCCCUUUUGUCUGAAAAGUGUGAUGAACCUCGGGCCAAUCCCUCCACGUUCCACGCUCCGGAGGGCCUUGAGAAGCCACAGAAACCUGAAACAAAGGCUACCCACCCUCAGGACCCUCAGAGCACAUGCGUGGAAGGUAAAAUCCCCUAUUUUCAUGUCGACGGAUCCAAAUCUUCAACGUGGCCUUUGCCGCAGCCCCCCAGCCUGCACAGUCCCAGGUCGUCUUACCACAGCAUCGCCGAUGCGUGUAAGCUGGCCCUGGGUGCUGCAGGGGCCGCGUCCACUCUGUUGGACACAACAGAGAAACAUGCUUUAAAACCCUCGAAAAACAUUGAGACUGGCGGGGAAGGAAAGGCAGCCGAGCAGAAGAAGUCGGAAAGCUUCCGUUCCAAGACUGCCCCAGAUGGGGCACAGCUGCCGCCCCAAGACAAGACCCUGUUGAUCUCUGCUAAACCCUUGGAGUACGUGGAGAUCCACAAAAUCAACAAAGAUGGAGCACUGGCCCUGCUCCCAAAACAGAACGAGAACAGCGGGCGGGGCGAGAAGGCCGGCGCCCCUGAAACCAGCAAGGAGUACUCGAAGGUGUCCCGGGUGAUGGAUAACAACAUCCUGGUAUUGGUGCAGGAUCGGCGGGCACACAGCCUGGCUCUGUUUGAAGAACCAGCCAAGGAGGCCCUGCCGUCCCUGCCACCGAAUCCAGCCGAGGCAGACCUGGCCUCCUUCCCCGUGGCCCCAAGCCCCUGCAGGCUCCAGCUGGGUGGGUUGGACUACCUGGAUCCUGCAGGUUUUAUGCGCUCCUUUCAGUGAGAGCUCGAUUCCUGGAAGGAUGGGUUAAAACGUGAUUCUCCUUCAGGUAACACUACAGAGUGCGUGAAAUGCACUCUACCAGAGAAGGCUCGAGAACAGGGUUAGAAUGACACUACCCAGCUCCCAGGUCACUCCUCUUCAUGCUCCAGCUUUCUCCAACAGCUGAUUCCAGAACAAAUCGUUUUGUUUUGUGUGAUUGGUAGAUUUCCUUUUUGCUAUGAAGUAUAAAACUUUCUGUUCAAUGAAAUAAAAGCACAUUGCUUAGUAGUCUUGAGGGACAGUGCCAAUAGGUAUAUCCUCUGGAAAAGGCUUUCACGGUUUGGUAUGUGACAGGAGGACAUGAACUGGUCAGAACUGUUUACCACAGGAAGAUGGUGGGUACGAGGGAAAUGCCAUGAAACCCGCUUCUGAAGACCAGUUGCUUAACCUUUGCACUCCUUUUUCAUUUUAUUAGGAUUAACCAAAUAUAGCACACGUAAAAAGUUUCAUUCUAGAACACCUGACAAAUUGUUUACAUCCAUUCCCAUUACCUUAAUGACACAUUGCCAAUAUGCAAGUAAGAAGAAUGCCUCCAAUUUUUUCUUAAAAUAGUUUGAAUUUGUUAAACAUGGAUUUUCUCCCCUAAAUUGUAUUUCAUUCUGAAGCUCCUAGAGGAUGGAGUUUUAGCAAGUGAAAUUUUCUUACAUCAGAGGCAAAUGAGUUCCAUGCAGUGAAUACUUCUAAGAUGUUUUCCUGCUUCAUUUCAGCAUUGACAGGUAAUUUAUUACACACCGUAGUCUUCUGUUGGUGAAAAAAAAAAUCCCAAAAGACUAACCUUAAUUUACAAGCUAAUCACAGCAGGAUGCUAACAGAAGUACUGCCUUACUGUACAUACAAAUUCUACUUUAAUAUAAACCCAUAAGUUUAACAAUGUAUUUUUGAAGACUAUUUUUCUAUCACUUAGGUAAAAUAAAAGACUAUUUUCUAUCUUCCCGGUACAGCUGUUUACGUAUUCAGCAGGUACAGUAUUUUCUGCUAUGAGGUUAUAAUGCGUAUUUACAGUACACAGUAAUAUAUGUAGUCCCUGUUUGUGGAAUAAAAUGCCAUACCAACCCAAAGCCCACUGAGGAAUAUGAAGUAGACCACAAUAUUCAGUGUAGUAUAGUUAAGCAGAUUCUUUUUAUCUCCAGGAUACUUUAAACAACGAUCACGAAGCUAGAGUUUUAGGGCUCUCCACAGAACAGAAAUUACUUCUCUUGUAAUUUAGGGCUGCUCUGGGGCUUCUGCACUUCUCUGGGUGAAUAUUCAUAAAGCUACAAUGAAAAAGGAGAGUGGCGACAUCUAACAUCACUGUCUUAGAGACAGUUCUUGUUUUGUUUUUCUGGGCGGUCUUGAGCAGCAAAGACAUUUUAAGUAAAGCCAGGAGUUUGUAUCUCUCUGGAGCAGAUCCAUCUGGAAAAUUUUUCAGAGGUAGAGACAGCACUCAUGUCAGAAGUAUCCAAAUAAAAGUUCCAAGAAACCAGGCAUCUGCGGAAGAGUGGCAACAGCGACAAAGACCAGGGUAUGGUAGUUAAGAUGCCCCAAGUCAGUUCCAAGGGCAGGCUCUCCAAGGGCAGGCUCUCCAAGAGUAGUCAAAAGCCUGGAUCUCCAUUUAAAGAGAACAUCCAUGACUCAUCGAACUGCCUGCCUCUAUUUCCAUUUCACCUGACGGCAAAAUGUCCACUCACUAGCUGGAACACAGAGAUUUUGAGUUCCCUCUGUGAGUUAAAUAUUCCAGCCCAAUAAGUCCAUGUUGAAAGGAGCUAGACUCAGAAGUGGCCUGAUGUGUGAAAGUGAAGACAUUGCCGGAGCUUCCAGAAAUGCCAAAGUAAUAAAUCUGAAACUCUAUUCUCCCAAUACAGAAACAUGUUAAGAGUGAGGAGGCUAUUGGGGAAGUUGUCCAAGUUUAUUCAAUCCCCUAGACCCCUGCUACUCAAAAUAUGGUCUGAGGACCAGCUGCGUUGGCAUCACCUGGGUGCGGCUGGGAAAUGCAGAAUCUCCGCUCUACACCCCCACCCACCCCGCCACACCCACCUCAAACCUCCAGAAUCAGAAUCUGCAUUUUGCUAAGAUCCCCAGAUGAUUCACGUGCACAGUGAAGUUUGAGAAGCAUUGUCCUAGAUGAUCGUUUCCACUGAAACUUAUUUUAGUGCAUGAAGCAAUCCUCUCCUGGAAAGUACAUGUCAAGUCUUCUUGACUUGCACUGAACCGUACUGUAAGAGAGAGGCAUCAUUUUUUUAAAUCUAUUAGUGGUUUAGGACUCACAUAUGGUAGAGAAUGACCUUCCAAAGGACACACAGAUUCUAAGAGGGCCAGGGAAUAUAUUCUACCUUGAGAGGCAUUGACCAAAGACUCUGCCCUUCAAAGCCAAUACAGACUAAACCUCUCCCCAAGUAGUCCAAUCUCCUCCAGGAUGUAUAUUAAUCACUCUAAUAGUAUGAAAAUUCAAAAACAGUCUGCUUUUGAUACAUAAUUUGCAUAUAUGGGGAAAAAAUGUCAUGGCUGAAGACUCAAACUAAAUCCUUAAAAAACCACCAAUUAGUAAGUAAAUUACUACCACUCGUUAACUAAAGCCAAACCUGUAAUUCUAUAGUCAGUUAGCACUCUUUAAUAAAUUAUGUUUUUUCAUGGUCCAGCCUAUUUUCUAUCAAGGAGUCUCCUAGUCGAAUGAAAGUUUGCAGAUUGUACGUCCAGAGACCCAGCUUCUAGUGCUAAUUAUGUUACCUUAGACAGACCAACUCUCUUCUCUGGGCCCCAGUUUCCUCUGAAGGAAAUGUUGGGCCAAAUAAUCUCUAAUGUCUUAAACUCUGACUCCUUGAUUCCAUGAUUCACUGAAUAGUGUCCAGAAAAGAUAAUUAGCCAAUGCCUUGUAUCAUAAUUAAGCUAACAAAUAAUUUCCCUUCAUCAUAGAAAUACAAGUCCCCUUCAUUGAUGUGCUCAUUUUAUUUCACUUUUAAAUCGAGUCCAGCUGAUCGUAACAUAUUGCACGUGCAUUUUAUCAAUUAUGUAGGUAUAGCAUCAUGGUCUAAGAUUAUGUGCAAAUAUAUGUGCAGAGAGAAGAGGCAUAAGAUUUUUUUUUUUAAGACAUUGAAAGAAGCUUUGUUUUUUUUUAAAAAAAAGCACUUUCCUUAUAUCAGGCUGCUGAUUCUGUUUUGGUUUUUUUUUUUCUCCCAUGGAUUAUGAACUAUCAUUGCACAGUUGGUUUUAAAAGUCUUAUGCUCUGAAUUAUAAAAAGUCAUAUUUUUAUAAACAAACAAAUAUUCAAGUUACAAAGCACAUGGAAACGAGAUAGCCAAUGGGUGAUUUAUGGAAGCUUAUAACUCAAACUGCAAAAUCUUCUCUGGUAGUUUUAGCAAAUGGGUGGAAGUCACCUCAAAUGAGCACAAGUUAUAAUCAGCCACGUCACUGACAUGUAACAGACUCCUGUUCUCCUAAGUGCCUGAGGCCAAUCCCGGUAGGCUGUUAUGUACUAAAUACUUGCUUUCACUGGUUUGGUCCAAAGUUGGUCAAUUCCUUACCAUCUGUACGAGAUGAAGGAGUUUGACCAUCCUGAAGUGACCCAGCUGAACUGGAGAAUCCGAUGAGCAAACAGAGGUUCCAGGGCACAGCUUAGUUGGGGAGGGUCCGUCCCCAAAUCUGGCUCUUUCUCCAGGCUGCCUGCCACCACCCAUCACUUGUAGAAAGCCUUGACCCUGCCUGUAGUCAUUUCGCUAUCUCCUUAGAGUAGACACGAAAGAAAGAGAUUUGUACAUAUCUUACAAAGUGCCUUUCUUUACUUUUUGUUGUUGUUGACGUUUCCUUUUCAUAAGAAAAGUGUAUCGAUUAGAAAGUGAAAUUUACAUUUUAGGUAAAUGAAUGAAAAAGCCAGAAAGGGGAUGAUUAAAUGGUCUAAGGUCCAAUCUGCAACUGUUGAAUGGAUUUUAAUUUAUUGUUUAAUUGAAUUAACAGAGAGCUGAUGUGAAGAGUGUAAUUUACUUUGAUGAGAAAUCAACUCCAGCUAGGAUUUUGGAAUAAGCCUGUCACCAUGUUACUUGAGACCCUCAAUUUAAAAACAUACUAAUGCACUUUUGAAUGGCUAUGAAUUGCAUACCAGGGCCUGCAUGCACCAUGGAAAUUUACACACGUGUAGAAAGAUGUAAAGGCCUCUGGAUUACCAUCUGCGGGGCUGCCGACGUAGAUUUGUCAUUGAUGAAAGCCUUCUGUGUACUUCAGUGAACCAAUUUCUUUUUCUGAGUUUUCAGCCCAAGCAUAAUUGUGUCAUUGCUAGGGUAGUGGGCUGAGCACUCAGUUUCCAGGUCGAGGUCAUCCUGCUGCCACUAAACAGGCUGUGUGAUCUCAGGCCAUUCCUUUAAAGUCUAGCCACUAGUUCCAUCACCUGUUAAAUGAGUGGAUUGGCCCAAAAUGUUUCUAAGACCCCUUCUGGCUCUAACUGUCUUUGAUGUUCAUGAUCUAAGGAAAACCCAGGGUUUCAGUAAAAGGCCCAGGGAAACUGCAGGGAAAUAUUGCUGAUGUGACCUUAACCUGAAGCAGUGGACAGUAUGGUGCUGACAAUAAGGAACAGAUCCAUUCCUCCAAGUCAGAUCAGUUUCACUUAACAUCCUUGCUUCUCCUCUUCUUCUUAGCUGUCCAUCUUGUAGGCUUUUUAUGCUCUCACUCCAGGACCUAUAUUUUUCCUGAGAGUUCAUUAUGUGCAGUAGUGACCAUAGAGUUUGCAAGAAACUAAAUUAUAAACAAUGACUUUGGCCUGAGUCAAAGGACUGAGUCCAAUGUUAAAGCAGCCACACGGAUAUCAAAGCCCAGGUUGAGGGUCACAUGUUACCUCAUUUAGAGAUCUGCAGGCUUAGAGAUUCUAGCUCAAUUCAUUCAUUCAUUCAUUCAUUCACUCAUUCAUUCAAAGGCCAUUAAUAAACCCAAGCUACAUUGAAGACUCAGUAGUGGAGGUCUUAAGCAGAAACUUUAAAAAUACAAAAUGAUUGCUCGAGAGCUUAGGACCUAACCACAAGUUCUAUUUAUAGUUAUAGCCUGGAUUUAUUUCAUGAUCAGUAUAUAUAUCAUCUGCAAAUCAGAUAGGAAUUCUCUCCCUAGAUUUGCAUCUUUCAAGAAGGUGAUUUGGGGUCUGAGAUCAUCACAUGGUAUCUAUUUCAAUAAAAGGAAAAAGAAAAAUAGGAUGUUUCCAAAUACUUGGGCAUCUCAGGAUUCCACAAAAUGCUGAGAGUAGCCUGCUAAACCUACAUUUUAUUGGACAUAGUGACUCUAUAGUCUAUUCAGUGGUCUGAAUGGCUAAGAGAUGUACAUAACUCACAACACCAGAUGCCCACGACUGCUUGGUCCACAUUGAUUCCUUUGACUUAUGCUCUGAUUUCAUGUCAGGAAUCACUGAGAUGUAUAAAGUGGGAAAACAUAUACUGUACUGUUUUUGGGAUUGUGGUCAGUGAAGAGAGAGACCCUUAGCUAAUCACAGUCUAUUAGUUAACUUUUUACCUGCUGCUGAUUUAAAAGGAAAAACAAUUAACUCUGAAAACUUUAGCUGCGUAAGUAGUAAUAUCAAAAACAAUAGUUUAAUAGUUACGGUCAAAUUAUGCUUUACCUGGAUACAUUUCAAAAUCCAGUCUGCGUUUUUCCAUGCAAAUUCCACAAAUCCUGAAGAGGAAAAAAACCUUGUUGUUAUGUUAACUGAAAUUGAAAAACUGUAUGGCAAAGAUUCUCCUGAACAACAAUUUGUUUUAUAAAAUUCCUGAUAAAAUGAUUUUGAAGUUUUAAAAGUAACUACCUCCCUUCUUCUCCUAAUGUCCUUCCUUCAAAGCUGCUUGUCGUUUAGAAAUGAAACGUCACAUCUCACACUUUGACUAUUUUCAGUGGCGUAGUUGUGUAUUUGCUGUGUGAUAUUCCUGACUUUAAAGUAACUGUUAUAUGAUUUUAUGUUAUAUUGCUUUAUGUAGUUCAAAAACUGUAUGACACACUGAGAUAUAUAAUCCUUCUGUUGUGAAACUCACCAUGUAAUACAAAGGAAAAUAAUUAUUUAAUGACUUAGAACCUAUCCAUAUGUAUUUCAACAUGAUUGUUUCUAUGCCUGGAAAACAAAACUGAAAAAAAUAUGUAAUCAUAUCUUUCUGUUGAAACCGUGAAUGUACUGAUUUUUUUCUUAAUCUUUGUCUAGAAGUAGUAUAAGUUGCCAUUGUACAGCUGAUCUGGGGUGAGUGUUUAAAGUACAAUCCAACAAUUGUUUGAAAGUCAACCCCUCAGCUUUGCUUCAUGUGACCUGUGAUACUGCUUGAGUAUUAUUUGCAUCACGAGGCUUGGGUUUCUGCUCCAUCAGUCAUUUCAAACUAUUUAUGUGUCUCAUGUGGAAACCAAAGCAACCUAUAGAACCGGCCUGUUAGGUGAUCUGUGUCUUCUGUAAAGCCAUAUUGAAGUGAAGGUUAUGGAAUAGCAAAAGUUUCCAUAUUUUCAAAGCUACCACUACCUCUGCUUUUUCUACUUUCCUAGAAAAUGCCAAGCAAGAUUCUUAAACAUUACAUAGGAAAUUAGAAGUGAUUGUUACAAUAAGUUGCUGGGGUUUUGUUUUGUUUUUACACUGAGAAUACACCUUCUAAUUCACCAGUUUGUAGGUUUACACUAGGUGUUCUCAGUAACCAUUUUCACAUUUUAUAAAAACUGGCUGAAGAAUAAGGGCCAGAAAGAAUAGAUAGUAAGUCACCAGAUAGAAAACCAACAAAACUAUAGAUGCAGAUUUUUUUCCUAACCGUAAGUCACCUGAAGGUGGUUACCCAAAGCCAUGAUGGCAGUAUUUCUCACAAUCUGAUUUCCCUAGAGCCCCUAGAAAUAAAUCUUUUCCUUAUUUGAUUUUAACCAUCAAAGAUAUUAUGGUAUGGGAAAAAUCAGCCAUAUAUCAGACAUAAUCUUGUUUUGAUUUUUUAAAACUCAUUUCUACAUGAACUUAUUGUAAUGCCCAUUUUUUUUUAGCCUUAAGGAAUUAUAGAAGACUAUAGUCAUCUGAUUCAUCUGGGAUCUUUAAUUCUGUAAAUCUUUGGUUAUCGCCCAUUGUGCUUUCUGUUUCCCAUGGAUUGAUUCAUCUCCUUCCAUUUUGAGGGGACAACAUGGAGAGAAACAUCCUUGUCAAACAGUAUGCGGGAUUCCGCUAAUUGCUAUUGCCAGAACAUCUUCAUUUCUACUGCACGCCAAAAACGAUGCUUGCCAAACAAAAUCAUCCCAGUAUCAUAUGAUCAUUAUAUUCCUUUUCAUGUUAUUGAAAACACCCAGCUCAGUGCCUGGCUCAGUAAAUGUUUAUUCCCUUUGCCUCCCCUCCCUCUAUUUAUUUUUCCUUGAUAUGUAAAGACCAAAAAUAACACAUGCGUGGCUGAAACGACUUUCCUGAUGGAUUUUUGCUGCUGAAGGAUCUCUAAUCCAGAAAUUGUUUUUAUAAAUUGGACCAAAACAAUUUUCCUCCUUUUUCUGCACCCUUCCAUAUGAUUGCAAAACAUAAUUUCUCUCCUUCACCCCAUUCCUCACAUAAGAAGCUGCUAGAAAUAAAGUGAGAUGGAACCAAGAAUACAGGGAUCCGAUCAGAGAAGCUCAUUUAAGUAUUAUAAAACAAAGGAAAACCCGAGCCAUUAAAAAACCAAAUGGAAUGCUUUUGAACAGUAUGACUCAUCCAUAUUACUAAUGACAUCUUUUCUGAUCAAGUUCAUUGGAUUAAGUGUAAAAUGAUAACCUUUUACUUUUAAUGGAUCUAGAUCUCGAAAUCUUUACCUACCGUUCAUGCUUGUGUUACAGAAUUAUGGGAUGGGUGUGGGGUUUGCUUUACAGUCUUCUCUGCCUCCUAAAUCCUCUACUGCCAUGUCUUACCAGGGAAUGAGAACUUCUCAUUUAGGGAGCAUCACUCCCUAAAACUUGGCUUCUGUCAAAGAAACACUGACUCCCCCGUGCUUACAUUGGUGCCAUCUGCCUUUAAUUAUUGGACACACUUUUAAGCUGGAAAAAUUGGAGGGUGAGUCACCAGACAUGGCAUUCAUAUAUUUAACGAUGAAUUGGAAAAGUAACCUGUAGCUAAUUUUCCAAAAUUAUCACUUAUGCUUUCCUAAAAGAAAAUAGAAAUUAUAUGUUGCCACAUCUUGUGAGAACCAUGUCUGAAACCUUAACCCCACCAAACUCUACAACUCACUAACCAACUUUUACACAUUCUAAAUCCCCCCCUAUUUUGAGGGACUGGGAGAUAUAAUAUCUGUUUAGCAGAAACCUUGAAAUCUUGGGGCUGGGAGAUAGGGCAGUACUAUAGGAAAUGGGAUUAUUGAAAAGCCUCCAAUAAGACCUUACUGGCCAGGGAUUCUAACAGAUUUACCUCUGAGAAUCCUUCCGAAGAAUACAGGUGAGACUAAACCCAUUCUUGGUAUUGUAAAACACAUUCUACUUUGGAUGUCUAGACACUUAAAUUGGAAUUCUUUUGUCUACAACCUCACCUACUCACCACACCCCUCAACUCCUGCUGCCCAUACAAGUAUUAAGCAUUUUUCUCUUAUUAUGAUCUGGUUCACAUUAAAACUUACACUUACAAAUGGGCUUGAAGCACAGAUACUUUCACAAAUGUGAUAAAAUAUUUUUAGGUAAAGGCUAGAAGGUGUUAGUCAAACACCACACGGACUGUCAGUUGGCGAACACUGGUAUAAGCCAAGGGAGCUCAGGAAUUUUUAUUACUGUAUUUAUAAAUGUGUUUGAAAGAAUUUGUAAAUGUCACAGGUACAGUUUUAAGGUGACACACAUUUGCUCCAUAAAUUAUUAAAAAUUAUAAAAUGAGCUUCAAUGACAUUUGCCAGUAGUUUUGCUUCACAUGAUCAAUAUUGAUAUUGUUACUGAACUAUGUAAUCUCAUGAUACAUUGUUCAAUGCUUUUUCCGAGCAACUGCUUUUGCAAUGGUAGCAAUGCUUAAUUGAAACUGAAUCAAUAAAUUACUUCCUAAGCAAUGAUUUUUGGAGGGUCUUUUUCCAUAUAUGUGAAACACGUAUUUUGUGAAUAAUGUGAGUUUGGGAGGUUUUUUUCCUUUGUUUCAACAAACUUUAUCAGGACAUGAUUCUCAAAAGAAGGAAAAAAACAGCAACCUAAAUAAAAACACAGACACAUGCUAAAAUAUUUGGCUAAGAACACUCAUCCAAGGCAUUUGUUUUUUCCAGGCAUGCAUUCUUGUGCUGCUCUUUCAACAUAUUCCCUGAUUUUAUUUUCCUACUAAUUGUAAAUCAAAACUGAUACGUUGCUUCCAACACAGCUAAAUGCUGCAUCUUCUCUUUCCACUGCCCUCAAGUUCCCCCAGUCUUUCACCAUUUUGCCAGACCUGAGCUUUAAAAAUGCAAACAUGCUUGGAAGCCCUCAGAAGUUCCUCUGGGCUUCUGGGAGCAACCAAGAACAACCAGGAUGAGUGGUUCCAAAUCUGAUAAACAACCAACUUUCCCAAAUGAAGCUUAGGCCACAAAUCUCAGUUCCAAUGAUACACACUUUCUUUUGUUUGCGUUUUCCUACCUGGAAUUAUCCCAUGUCUUCACUUAUAACUCCAGCUGUAAUUGACUCUUCCAUUUAUAAUCUUUUGUAUAUUUCAUAAAAUUUCUCAUACAUACUUGAAAAUUAUGGAGGAAGUUACAAAAAAGAUCCACUUACCAACACCCAAAUUUCACAAUUAUUACCUUUUCACCAUACCUUUUCCAUACCUUUUCUUUUUAAUAAAUGAAACACGAUGGAUGCAGGAAUUGGCGUCCUUCAAUAACCAAAUUCUCUAUCUCCCUCUCCAGUGGUAACCACAAUACUGCAGUUGUUGUAUAUUCUUCCUGGCCAUUUAAAAAAUGCAUCUACUUCAUACAUAUGUAUCUAUAAACAAUAUAUAUAAUUACUCUGGUGUUUGACUUUUACAUAGAUAAUAACAUAUAUCAUUACGCACCUUGAUUUUUUUUUCAUUCAGCAUUGGGUUUUUGAGACCCAAAUAGCUCCAGUUGAUUGGUUUUACCUGCUCUACACAGAUGUGUACAUAUGUAAAAUUUAUUUGCUAAUCCCUGUGCUGAUCAACUUUCCAUUUCCACUAAUAUAAAUGACUCUGUAAUGAAUAUUCUUAUGCAAGUUUACAUUCUAAGUAUUUGCAAGAGUUGUACAUCUCCAGGAUGUACAUCUGGAGGUGAAAUUAUUGGAUUAUAUGGGACACAUAUCUUAACAUUUUCUCAAUAUUGAUAAAUUGCUCUCCAAAGCAGUUGUACCAAUGUCUACCCCAGUCAGCAGCAUAAGAGUUCACUCCCUAAUCAUUACCUAGUAUUGUCAGAUAUUUUAUUUUUGACAAUUUGACGAGCAUAAAAUAAUUUAUUGUUGCCAUUUUAAUUUUCAUUGUCCUAAUGGAUCCAUUCUGGAUGUGAAUAACUCAUCCCUGAUUUGCCUAUCUUUUAUGCCAUCUUUGUCAUCUUCUGAGUCUCUACAUAAGCAUAAGUCCUACAUCUGGGCUUCUAUUCCAGUACAGUGUCUGUUUGUCUAUCCCUGCUUUGAUGUUUCCCUGUUUUAUUACCCUCAUUUUAUGCAGUCUUGCUGUCUGGUAAAUUAAUUCCUAUACCUCCAUACCUUAUGCAAAAUUAUUCUGGCAAUUCUGGGCCUUUAUUCAUCAUAUGAAUUUUGAGAUAAGCGUAUCAACUUUCCUAAAAACUUGUGCUGGGAAUUACAUUGCUGUUAAUAGAAUUUAUAUAUUAAUUCUGAGAGAAGUCACAUCUUUAUAAUAUUGUGUCUUCCUAUUCAUGA